AAUGAUAGUUUAGUUAUGGCGAUUUCGAUUUGGUUGCUAAAUUUGGAAGGAAAAAAGUUCAUCAAGAUGCUGGAGAUGGGAAUAUAUCUCAGCGCUCCAAAAACUGAUAAGGUCUCAGAAGAUGGUGAGAAUGACAGACUUCGAUAUGGGUCAUCCUCCAUGCAAGGGUGGCGUUCAACCAUGGAAGAUGCUCAUGCUGCUUAUCCAGAUUUUGACGGUUCAACAUCUUUCUUUGGUGUUUAUGAUGGCCAUGGAGGUAAAGCAGUGGCAAAUUUCUGCGCCAAGUAUCUCCACCAACAAGUGCUCAAGGAUGAAGCAUAUCUAGCUGGUGAUUUAGGCAGUUCUCUGCAGAAAGCUUUCCUCAGGAUGGAUGAGAUGAUGCGUGGACAAAGAGGCUGGAGAGAAUUAGCCAUACUGGGAGAUAAGAUAGACAAAGUUUCUGGUCUUAUAGAAGGGUUCAUUUUUUCUCCGAAGAGUGUUGAAGCUAAGAGUAGUGCAUUCAACGACCAUGUUGAUCAGUGGUCUUCUGAGGAGGGACCUCAUUCUGAUUUUGAUGGACCAAAUUCUGGAAGUACAGCUUGUGUUGCUAUUAUCCGAAACAAACAACUUCUUGUUGCCAAUGCUGGUGAUUCUCGCUGCGUAAUAUCCAGGAAGGGUGAGGCUUAUAAUUUGUCUAAAGAUCAUAAGCCUGACAUUGAGAAUGAGAAAGAAAGAAUUUUGAAGGCUGGUGGAUUUAUCCAAGUUGGAAGGGUCAAUGGAAGUUUGAACUUGGCAAGAGCAAUUGGGGAUGCGGAAUUCAAGCAGAACAAACAGUUGCCCGUUGAAAAGCAGAUUGUGACUGCCAAUCCAGACAUAAAUAGCGUUGAGCUUUGCGAUGAUGAUGAGUUUCUGGUCAUAGCUUGUGAUGGGAUAUGGGACUGCAUGUCAAGUCAACAACUUGUGGACUAUGUCCGGGAACAAUUAAAACAUGAAAGUAAACUGUCAGUGGUUUGCGAGAGAGUGUUUGAAAGGUGCUUGGCGCCAUCAUCUGGUGGAGAGGGAUGUGACAACAUGACAAUGAUCUUGGUUCAGUUUAACAAACCUGUUGCUUCAGCUGCAUCUGUUGGGAACCAGCCCGUCGCGUCUAAUCUGCCAUCCGAGAAGGAAAAAACCGCAGCAAACUAAAUAAAUCUUCUGGUGGCCCUAAAAUGAUGACUAUAUAGAAUGACUGCAUUUCUGCAAGUUAUUCGAAGUUUGUUCAGAUUAGGAUGGCGUUCGCAUGACAGUACACGUUCAUAGUAUUUGUCAAAUAGCAGUAUAGCUUUGAGUUAUGUACAUGCCCGGGAGUUUGUCUUUCGGUUCUCUCUACAGGUUGAAAUUUAUAGUACGGAACAUUUUCUUUGGAUUGUAACCUGACCAAACAAAGAUGAUGAAUGGUAUUCGUUUUUUUCUCGUA